GAGUAUGAACCUUCAGAAGUUCAAAGUAUUGCCAGCCGAUAUGUAAUCAUUUCCGUUGUUAGUGCUGCAUGGACUCUAUAGCACCGACACAAUGUAUUCCCGCUCUCCUUGGGGACACCUCUCGUUUCUAAGUCUGGUGUCAUUUCUCCUUCUCCUUCCUGCACCGUCCUGCCAUGGAGGAAAAGUCCUGGUCUUUCCUGUCGAUGGAAGCCACUGGAUCAACAUGAAGGUACUGAUCGAGGAGCUCCAUGCCAGAGGCCACACCAUCACGGUGGUCAGACCCUCCACCAGCUGGUACAUCACAGAGAAGUCACCUCUAUACACCUCUAUCACCAUUAAGGAGAAAGAAUCCUUAUACAGCUUCUUCGAGGCCUUCCUACAGAAGCACUUUAAGGCUCAGCAAGAGGUGGUAUCAACACUGAGGUUCUUCCAACUAACCAUGGAGUUCCUCAGUAUGAUAGAAGAAGCGCACAUCCUGGCUUGCGACACACUGGCUCGCAUGUUCGACGACAAGAAGCUGAUGAAGAGUCUCCAGGACGCUCAGUAUGACAUGAUGCUCACCGACCCUGCUAUGGCUGGAGGGCUGCUGAUGGCCCACUACCUCAAACUGCCUGUGGUGCUCAACGCCCGUUGGAUCACCAGCGGGGAGGGCCAUUUUGCCAUCGCCCCCUCUCCCCUGUCCUACAUCCCGGUCCCAGGGUCUGGAUUCACUGACAAGAUGACCUUCGUCCAACGGGUCCAAAACAUGCUGCACUACAGCAUCAUCGUGUAUCAGCAGACGUUCAUGGUUGGGCCGAGUUAUGACGCAAUUUGCUUCAAGUACUUCGAAGGGGGCUGUGACAUCAUCUCCUUGAUCCAGGAAGCUGACAUCUGGCUGAUGAGGUCUGACUUUGUGUUUGACUUCCCCCGUCCCACCAUGCCCAACGUCGUCUACAUGGGGGGGUUCCAGUGCAAGCCGGCCCAGCCCCUGCCUCCAGACCUGGAGGAGUUUGUCCAGAGUGCCGGGGAGCAUGGGGUGAUCGUCAUGUCUCUGGGGACUCUUGUCAAUGCACUUCCUGUUGAUAUCACAGACCAGAUCGCCAGCGUGUUCGCCAAGCUGCCUCAGAAGGUGAUCUGGAGGCACCGGGGCAAGAGGCCCUCCACUCUGGGCAACAACACUCUUCUGGUGGACUGGAUGCCCCAGAAAGACCUCCUGGGUCACCCCCAAACCAGAGCCUUUGUGGCCCACGGAGGAACCAACGGGGUCCAGGAGGCCAUCUACCACGGCACCCCAGUGCUGGGGAUACCCCUGUUCUUUGACCAGUAUGACAAUCUUCUGCGUCUGCAGGAGAGAGGCGCUGCCAAGAUCCUGGAGCUGGCCAUGUUCAACGGACCCAGUUUCCAGCAGGCUCUGAACCAGGUGCUCACCCACGCCCCCUACAGGGAGAACAUGCAGAGGCUGUCCCGCCUGCACAGGGACCAGCCCAUCAAGCCCAUGGACAAGGCCCUCUUCUGGUUGGAGUUUGUGAUGCGACACAAGGGGGCGUCUCACCUCCGUACGUCGGCCAACAGGAUGCCCUGGUACUCUUACCACUCUGUGGACGUGCUGCUACUGCUGCUGGCUGCCGGGGGAGGAGUCUUGCUCUUUACUGGGCUCCUGAUCAGGAUCCUCUGGAGAACCUGCCGGAAGAACAGGAACAAAACCAAACAACACUGACACCAGUAGCAGAAUCACAUUACUGGAAAUCAAGACUGUUCUCAGGGCAGACCUGCUUAUAGCUAAAUAGUUUUAAUUCUACCAUUUUAGGUAACCCUACCCUUUUCCCUAAACUUAAUGUAGUUCUCCUAAACCACUGGGUAAGUUCUCUUAACCUGCUACAGAAAAGUAACUUCUGUUAGUAAAAAUGAGCAGACACUGCCCUGAGAGCAGUGUUAGUAUCCACUAAUUAGAUACAGCCCAUUAGAUGUUCUUUAAUCUAUAUGAAUUAUAAAUCUGUACUUAUAUCAGGAACAACAUCAACUUAUUAAAACCUACAACAACCGUGCAGCCACAGGGCCUUCAGAAAGUAUUCACACCCCUUCACUUGUUCAACAUUUUGAUGUGUUACAGCCUGAAUUUAAAAUUGAUUUUUAAAAAAUAGAAAAAAAAUAAGCUGAAAUGUCUUGAGUCAAUACGUUUUCAAUCAUUUUGUUAUGGCAAGCCUAAAUAUGUUCAUGAGUAAAAAUGUGCUUCACCAAGUCACAUAAGUUGAAUGGACUCACUCACAUAAUUUUUUAUGACUACCUUAUCUCUGAACCCCACACAUAUGUAACGAGCAGUGAAUUUCAAACACAGAUUCAACCACAAAGACCAAGGAGGUUUUCCAAUGCCUCGCAAACCUCCUAACAGGGAUUUCACUCAGUUGCCGAAGAGGAAGGAAACUUCUCAGGGAUUUCACCAUGAGGCCAAUGGUGACUUUAAAACAGUCACAGAGUUUAAUGGCUGUGAUAGGAGAAAGCUGAGGAUGGAUCAAUAGCAUUAUAGUUACUCCACAAUACAAACUUAAAUGACAAGAGGGAAAAGAAGCAAGCCUGUACAGAAUACAAAUAUUCCAAAACAUGGUCCAACCCACAUUUUGAUAUAAAACACAGUGGUGAGUUCUGUAGCCAGCACCUGUAAUAAACCUAAGUGCGCAAUGAUAAGUAGCAUCCAGCGAUUUAAGUGUCGAUGCCGUAACCUUCAUGUAAAUAAUCUGUAACAGACAUAAAAGUAGCUUGCACAAUUUGUCUUCUAUUUGUAGAGGACAAACAUGUCCUGUUUCUGAAGAGGAAUUCUAGCUUGAUUUUUAGCCGUUUAUAAAGUUCGUCAACAUGCAUUUUAAUAGACUGUUCAUCAUCCCUAAGUAUUUAUAUGCAGAGACCCUUAUCAGUAGGUGAUGGUGAUCCUAGAGAUUAUACCUGUCUAUCUAAAACAUGGGUCUCCUAUGGUGUGUUUAAUUGCCUAAUUGAUCUGUUCAUUGGAACCGAUAACUCAUUAAUACGAUCAUCACACACACACACUUGAUUUUUAGCCUUUUAUAAAAGUUUGUCAAUAUGCAUUUUAAAAGACAGUUUAUCAUCCAACCAUAUCACUAUGUAUUUAUAUGCAGAGACCUGAUUAAAUCGAGAACCAUCUAA